AUGUAUACCUGGGAACUUGCUUGGGUUUUGGAAUCAAAUGAAGAAUCAGGGCAUCUUAUUCUCACCAUUAUUGUAUCUGGCCAUUUCUUCAUUUCCCAAGGACGGACAGUUCUGGAAGGUUUUUCAUUAAUCAGUGCCCAUACAUGGUUGAAGAUAGUAAGAAGAACAGAUUGCCUGUUGUUUGGUUCAAGGUCUAAGAAUGAAUGCCGCAUGUUUCGUGUUCAGUUUGAUGGAGAUUCAAAAGAGCAGGCAGUGGAGCACUGCUGUAAUUGUGUGCAGAAACUUGCAGAGUAUGUCACAGUUCAGGUAACAGAUGAGCAAAGCCAGGAGCUGCAAGGUCAAAGUCAGUUGCCCGACAGUGAAAGUCAAAUGCAACAACAUGCAUCGAUACCUCCUGGACCAAGUUGGACGCUAGAGGAACCUCCGCUUCAGUUGUACACAAACAUCCCAGAAGCAAGAAGAUCUGUGGUACAGCUAGCACAGUCUGUACUGAACUCAAAAUCUGAGCUCCCUCAUGCGUAUCAGCAUUGUGUGUGGAGUGCCAAAGACUUGGGACCUUUUAUUCGCUUGUGUCUCAUGGAUCAGAAUUUCCCAACCUUUGUGGAAGAAGUGGAGAAGGAACUGAAAAAACUGACAGAAGGAUGAGAAAUGUUAAUGUUACUUAGUAAACACAAAAAAGUCAAUGUUUGGAUACUUGA